UAUGCAAGAAAUGGAACAGGAAGCCUGCUUGCGACCUUUCCAGCUUUUGAUCGAAGUGUUUUACACCUUUCUGUCAAGCUUAAGCGCACUAGAAUGUCCAAAGUUGACGUCACGUACACGCCGACGUCACGUACACGCCGACGUCAUUAUGAUUCAGUCUUGUCGGCACUGUUUUGGUGUUUGUUACUGCACGGACAAGGCACAUUAGGACAGAAGUCUGUUCAACUGACAGGAGUAAAUAGAUUUGUGGGUAGAAAUGGCGCAUAUGAGUUGACUUGCAACCCCAAGGGAUUCAGCCUUGGCACCACAGAGAAAACUGGAUGGUUUCGUAAUGGUCAACCUGUUGCCAAAACACUUGAUGACAGUGAUCCAUGUGAACCAUGUAUUCGUGGACGUGAUAAUAAUGACAAUAAGUUGAGUGGGCACUGGUCUUCAGCUGGAAUGUUUCAGUGUGAACAAGGAGACAUUACCAGCAAUACUUAUAUUGUGGAGCGGUACAAAGAUCCUCCUGUCAUCAGACAUCUGCACAAUAUGACUGUGUUACUUUAUUAUCCAACUAAUAUCUCUUUUGAAGUUGUUUAUGAUGGUUAUUUAAACAUCUAUUUUGAGACCAUUGCUGGACUUCUCAACAAUCUUUCAUCUUAUCACAUCAUGGUCGAUGGAUCGAUUUUCAUAUAUGAAUUCAUCAAUGUGACAGAUGAGAUGGAUGUUAUUGUUGAUAUACAAAUUCAUACAGCAGAGACUGCACCUAUAUCUCGGAAGUUGCAUAUUACAGUACAAGGUUAUCCAAUAAAACCGAGCAGUUUGAAAGCAUGGAAUGACAGUACAGGCAUUGUUCAUGUGGAGUGGUUACCACCAGUAAUUUCAGCCAAACAUCAACCUGUUCAGAGUUACGUUGUCAUAGCAAACACUGAGGGUUGGAACAAGAAAUGGCCAUUAAACAAGCUCACGACCAAAUUGAACAUAACUGGUGCACCAUUGUGCAGUGAUAUUAGGGUGGGUGUGGCAUCAAGGGGAAUGACAUUGAAGAGUCAGUAUAUAUAUUCAUCUGUUUUUAUUGGAGUACCAAUACAAAAUGCCAGUAGUGUUAGACUGUAUCAUCCUAGUGGUAUCGUAACAAUUAAUUGGACUGGAGUUGAACUGGGCUUGCAGAUUAAAAUCUCAAACAAUGAAACUCUAAGGAUGUUUCUUUGUAAACUUUUGCUGUCAAACAGCUUAUCUUUGAAUUCUGAAGAAUUUGAUGAAUCAUUAAAUAACUGUUGGGAAUUUGAUGGAGUUUCUGAGGCUCAGACUUACUCUGAGAUAUUCAGAAACUGCCCUCAAAUGGUACGUUGUAAUCAAGAUGUCAUGAACAUGUGUAAGGAUGUGUACAUGAAGGUUUCUACUACACCAACUACAGCUGGAACUAGUAGUGGUGAUUUAUCAAGAGGUGCGAUUGCUGGAAUUAUAGUCUCAGUAAUACUAGUCUCAGUAAUACUAGUCUCAGUAAUACUAGUACGAUCACUACGUUUUGCUAUAUAUAUUUGGUGCUGGAGAACUGAACCACGUGGAGGAGAGGAGCACCAGCCAGAGGAAGAGCACCAACCGGAGGAGCACCAACCAGAAGAGGAGCCCCAAUCAGAGGAGGAGCACCAACCAGACGAGGAGCACCAACCAGAGGAGGAGCACCAGUCGGACGAGGAGCACCGCCAACCGGACGAGGAGCACCAACCUGAGGAGAACCAGCCAAAGGAGGAACACCACCUGAAUGUUCUUGUUGAUACUGCUCAUGACAAAGAAGUGUCAGUGAAUGAUCCGAUCUACUACGUAGGCAGAGUCGUUUCCGACGUUGACAAGAUAUGCCUGCUGCAAAAUAAAUGGUGUCCACCCACCGGUUGUAAAGUUCAGAGCACGGGCGGCCGUCGUUACAAUCCAGAGUGGGAGAGUCAAUACAGAUGGCUGAGAUAUUCUCCUAGUACUGACGCCUGCUUUUGUUGCUACUGUGUGCUGUUUGGUGAUGAGUCACUGUCUGCUACUGCUUUCAAGACAACUGGCUUUUGUGACUGGAAGAACGCAGUUGGAGUAAAGCGUGGUGUACUGCUUUGUCAUGAGAAAAGUGAAAUUCACAAGAAUGCUUGCAUAAAAGCAUUAUCUUUCAAGAAUGUGGUCGAAGGAAAGAAAAAUGAUAUUUGUACCAGCAGAUCUAAAGAAUAUGAAGAGAGAGUCAAACGUAAUCGAGCAAUUAUUCUAGCUGUAAUAGAUGUCGUUAUUGCUCUCGGUCAGCGAAAUGUUCCCUUUCGGGGUCACAGUUGGGACAAAGUUCUGAGAAAAGAAUCCAGUAACUUUGAAUACUUCCUCCAUUGGCAGUCUCAGUUCAAUCCUACUCUGAAAAGUCAUCUAGAGCACGGAAAGAAGAACGCCUGUUACAAGAGCCCGAAAAUACAAAAUGAGCUGAUAGAGUUAGCCGGUGUUGAGGUGAGAGACAAAAUACUGGAAGAUGCUCAUGCCGCUAAAUGGUUUUCGUUGAUGGCGGAUGAGUGCACAGAUACAGCUAACGUAGAGCAGAUGUCAGUCUGUAUCAGGUUUGUUGACGACUCUGUACCCGGUCAGGUUCAAGUGAGAGAAGAGUUCUUAGGAUUCGUCAAAUUGGAUUGUGCAUAUGCUCUGUCUAUUUUCAAUGCUAUUGUCAAUUUUAUGAAAGAGUGCAAUUUGGAUAUUCGUUAUCUUCGUGGCCAGGGCUACGACGGUGCUGCAGUUAUGUCAGGAAAAGUUUCCGGUGUCUCUGCUCGAAUUCUUCGGUUACAACCAAAGGCUAUAUACCAGCAUUGUCGGUCACAUAGACUGAAUUUGGUUAUUGCAUCUUCUUGUAGGCAAGUCCCUUUAAUUCAGGACUUGUUUAACUCGUUAGGAACACUGACGUGGUUUCUAGGAGGCAGUCCAAAAAGAAAAGUUAUCCUUUGUAGGCAUUUGAUAGCAGGAGACAUGGCUGAAUUGAUUACAGCAGAAGACAAGGAAGAAGAAGAACCAGAAGAAGAACUAGAAGAAAACUUAGAACAGGAGGAAACUUCGAAACUAAGUGAUACGCUUAUUCGUAAAUCGUCAUCAAGGCAAGUCCCAGUACUGUGUGAGACAAGGUGGUCGGCUCGAUUGGCAACACUGUCCAGUGUCUUGGCCAAAUACAAAGCCAUAUACCUUGCACUGCAAGAUAUUGUUGCAGAGAGCUCUGGCACUGAUUCGAGGGCGAAAGCUUCAUCUUACCUCAGACUUUUACAGUCCUCUAGUUUUAUUGUUUGCUUGGUCGUUAGUCAGUACAUUCUGAGCUUUUGUGAUCCUCUGACGAAGUCUUUGCAAUCUCCAAACUGUGACGUUCUGAAGGCUUAUCAAACAGCCAAGCUGCUUCGCACAACGAUUUCUGCGCAACGACGUGAAGACAAGUUUAAAGAAUUAUGGGAAAGAGUUCAAACAGUUGCAGGCGAGGUGGAUGCCCAAAUUGAUAAACCUAGAACCGCAAUAAGAAGCACCUACAGAAGCAAUGCUGGCAUGCAGACUGCGGAACAGGACAGCGCUGUGGCAUACUUCAGAAGAAACGUGUACUACCCUUUCAUUGAUCACGCUGUGACAGAGCUCAACAAUCGCUUCCCUGAUACAUCUGAAUCAAUGCUCAUUGGGUAUAGACUUCUUCCUAGCAGUGUUAGCAGUAUAACAAGAUCUGAGGUGAAUUCAAUUAAGCUCUUCUAUGGUCCAGACUUACCAAAUGGAGCUACAUUCGAGCCUGAAGUAGAAGUUUGGAAAACCAAAUGUUUUCAACUUCCUGAGAAAGACAGGAGAGUAACAUUAACGGAUGCCGCAAAGAUGGCAGACAGUCAAUAUUUCCCCAAUAUUCAUGAGAUUUUCAAACUUAUUCUAACAUCUCCUGUUGGUUCCGUGCCGUGCGAAAGAUCGUUUUCGGCUCUCCGGAGAUUGAAGGAGUGGUCGAGAUCAACAAUGACGCAAGAAAGACUGUGUGGCUUAGCUCUUUUAUAUAUUCAUAGAGACGUGGCUGUAAGCAGAGAGAAUGUCUUACAAAGAUUUGAUUGUACAGGACACCGCCGAUUGGGGCAAUUGUCGUUAUAGAGGCUCCAUGUUCACUUUGAUUAAUUAAUUAAAGUAUAUAUGUAGUAGACUACUAGUAGUUUGAGGCUAAAUAUAUUGCCUUAUUGAUAUAAAACUUGCCUCGGUAAAAUU